UUUGGUGGCAUCGUGCUGAUCUUGUCUGGAGAUUUCUUUCAGUAUCCGCCAGUUGGUGGAAGUGCUCUAUACACACCCAUAUCUCGUUAUGCAGGCCAGACAGAUGACGAGGUACAAAAACGCUUGGGGCGUCUUGCAUGGAAGACGAUCAACACUGUAGUCACCCUCACAGAGCAGCAACGCAUGAAGACAGAUCCUGCAUAUGGUCAGGCUGUCAGCCGCCUCAGAGUGAGAGAAUGCACGUACAAUGACAUGGAGUUAUUCAACAGUCGGGUC